CGGUGCUGCUAGCUUUUCUGUUCUGACUUGGAGAAUGGCGCGUCACGUUGGCUACCAGUACUUCUCGGUUGUGAUGAUCGCACUAUCCAUCGCAACUGGAGUAGAGUCCAAUUAUACACUGGAGAUACUAUUGUUGGGCUAUGAAAACCCAUCUCAUAUGGCCAAAUCACUGGAAAACUUCAGAUCUGGAUGCUGUGAACUAGACACAACUACUCCCUGUAGACCUUGUGACAAUGCCUUUAGUGUAUGUGUUCGUGAGGUACGACUUGGAGUAGUGGAGGGUGACUGUGACCUGCUAGAGGAAAGCACGCUAAUAGCAGAAGACGAUGAUGACCUAAUGUUUACAAUUGGAGAAGAUAUUGGUGGAUUAUCAAAUCCACUAACAGUGUCUGGAGAGAUGUGGCCUGGGACAGUUGAGAUAGUGUUCACUGUCUUUGACCUUGAUCUGACGUCCACCAUAGGAAGCAGCUCUGACUUAGUGGAUAACGUGUUCAUUUAUCCUGAUGUACCAGCGGGAUUAUCAGCUAACGAUCCAUUCUCUGAUCCAACGAUAUUCACCGGCAAAGCCAGUUACUCUCACCUUGAGCUGGCCUUCAGACUCACCUGUGGACCCCACUUCUAUGGUCCAAACUGCACUUUCUGUGUACCUAGCAAUGACUCCACUGGCCACUACUCCUGUGAUGACAGGACGGGGAGCAAGGUGUGUCUGGAGGGCUACCAGGGACCAGAGACCAACUGCACAGACUGUGUUCCAGCCAGUGACUGUAAUCAUGACGGAGGAUACUGCAUACUACCUGGUGAGUGUCUGUGCCACAGAGGAUUCACUGGAGACUAUUGUGAUUUAUACACAAUAACUACACACCCAAUCUCUCCCACAACCCUCAACGGUUUGUAAUGCCUUCCUCUAUGCAGUCUAUGACUGUGUAUUUAUUGAGGAGAGUAUGUAUUACUUUUCUACACAGCUCUCUACUACAGAAGCGCCCACUUCAACCUCCCCGCCGACUGAAACACUGGAUGUGUAUGCUAGUGUGGGCCUAGCCAGUGGUGCAAUAUUGAUCGUGGUUGUAGUUGCUGUAGUUCUGAUGAAUGUGACUGUGUGCUGGUGUUGGAUGAAGAAGAACAGAGCCAACAAGACAAAGUCAGUGGUGCUCUAUGAUUACAUCAACGACCCCCCAACUGAUGACACAAACAUUCUGGAAACUACCAACCCUGCCUAUGUCACAACCACUCCUGUCCCCGUCUCCACAAACGAGGCGUAUGGCAUGUGUACCAAUGAUGUGUCUAGUGAGACCCACAUGACUAUCAAUGAGGCCUAUGGUGAUGCUACUACUGGUGUGCCUGUGUAUGAGGAAUGCGAUAUUACCACUGAUGUCCACACAUCCACCAAUGAGGCAUAUGCUGCCACAGCAGUGCCUAACAACUAACAAUACUAUGUUACUCUGAAGCUGUAGUAGGAAUCCAAUACUUACUAUGUCUUCCAUCCACCAC